AUGGGGGUCUCUAACAAGCGUCAGAAGCGCUAUGAGUAUCGUGCUACGCUGCGCGAUGGAGAUGGGGCGGAGAUGCCCAAGAAAAAGUUCUACCGCCAGAGAGCACAUGCAAAUCCCUUUUCAGAUCACAAAUUGACAUAUCCUACGACUCCAGAUCAUAUGGACUGGGCUCCUCUCUACCCAGCCUAUGUUGAAGACAGCAGGGAAGCUCAGCCUGGGGAUGUUGCCAUGUCCAUAGGAGAUGACCAAGUCCGGCCUCCUUCAUUGCCUAAGAGACUUCGCAAGGAUGUGGAAGUGGCAGAUAUCGGCUGCGGUUUCGGGGGCCUGCUCGUGGCACUUGCGCCGGCCAUGCCAGAUACGUUGAUUCUCGGUCUCGAGAUCAGAUCUCAGGUCACUGAGUUCGUGCAGAACAAGAUCAAAGCGCUGAGGGCGCAGAGCAAAGACCAGAAGAUGUACCAGAACAUCUCCUGUCUACGGGCGAAUACGAUGAAGUUCCUGCCCAACUUCUUCCACAAGGCGCAGCUGUCGAAGAUCUUCAUCUGCUUCCCCGACCCGCACUUCAAAGCCAGAAAGCACAAGGCGCGUAUUGUGUCCACACAGCUGAACUCGGAAUAUGCAUUUGUUCUACGGCCGGGCGGGAUAGUAUAUACUAUUACCGAUGUGCAAGACUUGCAUGAGUGGAUGGUGUCCCAUUUUGAGGCCCAUCCCUCGUUCGAGAGAGUCUCUGAAGAGGAACAGGAGCAGGAUGAGUGUGUUCAGAUAAUGAAGAUAGAGACCGAAGAGGGCAAGAAGGUAGCGAGGAACCAGGGCCAAAAGUUCGUGGCUCUCUUCAGACGGCUGGAAGAUCCUCCUUGGUAA